GUAACAAAAGUGCUGCAGCGCUGCUCCGCUGGCACCCUAGGUACGCCCGCCGCCAGCUGUCGCCGACAUGGAACCCGUGGCCAGCAAUAUCCAGGUUCUGCUGCAAGCCGCUGAGUACCUGGAGCGCCGGGAGAGAGAGGCUGAGCAUGGCUACGCGUCCCUGUGCCCGCACCGCAAUCCAGGCUCCAUCCACAGAAGGAAGAAACGAGCCCCUCAAGCGCCCGGCACGCUGGACAGUGGGCGGUCUGUGCACAAUGAACUGGAGAAGCGCAGGAGGGCCCAGCUGAAGCGGUGCCUGGAACAACUGAAGCAGCAGAUGCCCCUGGGAUCUGACUGUGCCCGAUAUACCACCCUGAGCCUCCUGCGUCGAGCCAGGGUACACAUCCAGCCCCUUGCCCCCUGGGCUCCGCAGAAGCUGGAGGAGCAGGAGCGGCGGGCGCAGCGACUGAAGGAGAAGCUCCGCAGCAGACAGCAGAGCCUGCAGCAGCAGUUGGAGCAGCUCCGGGCACCUGCAGGGCUGGGCGAGCGGGAGCGGCUCCGAGCAGACAGCUUGGACUCCUCCGGCCUCUCCUCAGAGCGCUGGGACUCCGACCAAGAGGACCUAGAGGUGGACGUGGAGAGCCUGGUGUUUGGGGGUAAGGCAGAGCUGCUGCGUGGCUUCAGCGCUGGCCAGGAACACAGCUACUCACACAACUUCUCACAGGGUGACGAUGCCUGGCUAUGACCUUCGCCAUCCAAAGGCCCCUGCCCACUGCAGACUGACCUAGCCAGGCAGGAGCCCUCCAAGGCUGCUGGGAGCAGGCCGUUGCAGUGGACUGGAAGGACCUGUGUGUGUGCAGGCAUUUCUUGCCACAGAGCUGGCAGCCAGGCAGUUGUUGAAUAGAGGGUGCGUGGUUGAGUCCUGCAAGGCAGGCAGCUUGCGUAUUUUUUUGGUAGCACUUGGCUCUGUGCCCUCAAAGGGGCAGGGAGCUUUUUUAGAACCUGUUUACUACCAGCGCCAAGGACCCUGAGCCUUGGUCCUAUCUAUUACUGUCCAGUGUUUUCACAUAAAAGGAGCCCGGCAGGUGCAGUGGUUAGGCUGAAUUUGAACCCACCAGCAGCCCCUUGGAAGAUGUAGCUGUUGGCGUCGGCAAAGAUUCACAGCCUUGAAAAUCUUACGGGGCAGCGCUAGUGUCUCACAGAGUUGCUGGGUUACAAUGGACUUGAUGGCCAAUGGGUCUUAUUUUCAUUAAAAGCCUCUUUUUAAAAUCUUC